UGUGCAUGAUUGAGUCAGGAACAGUAGAGGGUCAAGCUUAGAUGUUUAGGCUGCCCUAGUGCUCCUUGACUGGGGGCAGGAGCUGCUGGUUGUGAUGGAUUACAGGAACAAAGGCUUUGUGCCGCAGCAGCCCAGCAGUUCAAAGAGCACCUGAGCAGCACGGUCACCCGAACUCCUCUUGUUUUGCCUCUCGGCCAGGGCGUGGGGUGACUGAUCCAGAGCCUUCCCGCUCUCCGCUCGCCUGGCAGCGAGCGCCAGUUCAGAAUGUGCACUUCCCGCACCGAGUGCGGAGGAACGCGCUCCGGGACCGGGGAAGCGCCCGAGGCACGCCGCACCACAGCAUGGGGAGGGCUCAGUCUGCCUUGCAGUCCUGCUUUAAACUCAGUUUUCCCGCUUCCAUGCCUAAGCAGCAGUGUUUAUGGGUUUGGCUGGGGCUCUUGCUUGCUUGCUUGCUUGGGCUUUUUCAUAAUUGUACCAGGCCGCGCCGUGGCGGCGCGGCGGUGUUUGAGCCUCGGCGCGGCCCGUAGCGGGAAGCGCCGCGCUCGGCCUCGACAUGGCGGCGGCCGGCGCGGGGGGCGGGAAGGUUCCGGGCCGCCGGGUGAGAUACUAAACUUCUUUGUGAGAUGGGAUGGGUCAUAUUUAUGUUCUGUAUUGCCGCUUCCCCGGCUGGCUGGUGACAAGAGAGGGAGGGCGGCUGUUUCCCCCUGGAGCUCCGGUGAAUCCCAGCUGUCAAUUGUUUCAGCACAAUAUAAAACACGGGCAGCACACACAGGUCCCAGGGAAACUUUAUUUGAUGGACUUCAAGGGUUCUGGGCCACUGUUACUGAAAUGAUAUUACAGAAGGCAGCAAUUGCAUUGUGUUCACUGGAUGAAACCUGAAUAUUUUCUGUCAAUCAAGUGGGUGAAAGCCCUGCCCACAGUUUACAUGUGCAGGUCACUGCGGUACUGUGUUAGUCACUGUCUCUAUGCAGCAAUGACAAGGCUAGAAGAAGCAAACAGAGAAGUGAACAUGCACUCAUCAGUCAGAUACCUUGGCUAUCUUGCCCGAAUCAACCUGCUGGUUGCCAUUUGCAUGGGCCUUUAUGUCAGGUGGGAAAAAACUGCAGAUGCACUGAUUUUGGUAAUAUUUAUUCUGGGGCUCUUUGUUCUUGGAAUUGCCAGCAUACUGUACUACUAUUUUUCAAUGGAAACAGCAAGUUUGAGUCUCUCCAAUCUUUGGUUUGGUUUUUUGCUUGGCCUUCUCUGUUUUCUCAAUAAUUCUGCGUUCAAAAUGGAUGUGAAAGAAGAAGCUACAAAAUAUUUACUUCUGUCUGCCAUUGUUUUAAGGAUAUUAUGUGCUUUAGUUGAGAGGAUUUGUGGUUGUGUCCAUCAUCGACCAACUCUGCUGACAACAGUUGAGUUUUUGGAGCUAGUUGGAUUUGCAAUUGCCAGCACAACUAUGCUGGUAGAAAAAUCUGUAAGUAUUAUUCUGUUGGUCUUGGCUUUGGCCAUGUUGAUUAUUGACUUACGAAUGAAGUCUUUUUUGGCAAUUCCAAAUUUGGCAAUUUUUGGAGCCAUUGCAUCCCUAGUCUUUUUUCCAUCACUGCAAAUCCCCACAAACCCUUUUGCCUUGGCGUGUUUCUUCAGCUGCCUCAUUUCAGAUCCCCUUCUGGACGUUUACUUCAGUGGACUUUCGGUUACUGAGCGAUGGAAGCCCUACCUGUACCGGGGUAAAAUUUGCAGGCGGCUUUCUGUCAUCUCAGUUGGAGUCAUUGAACUAAUCUUUUUCAUUCUUGCAGCCUUUAAACUACGUGAUUUGGGGCUCUGGUAUUUUGUGAUACCUGGUUUUUCUGUUUUUGGAAUUUUUUGGAUGAUCUGUCAUGUGAUUUUUUUUAUAACUCUUUGGGGAUUUCACACAAAACUCAAUGACUGCCACAGGGUGUACUACACUCACCGAGCAGAAAACAACAGCCUGGACAGAGUCAUGGCAUCUAAAGGAAUGCGUCACUUCUGCUUGAUCUCAGAACAGCUGGUAUUUUUCAGCCUUGUUGCGACUGCAGUUUUGGGAGCAGUCUCUUGGCAGCCAACCAAUGGGAUCUUCAUGAGUGCAUUUCUGAUUGUUCUACCUUUGGAGUCCAUGGCUCAUGGGCUUUUCCAUGAACUGGGAAACUGCUUGGGAGGAACGUGUGUUGGGUAUGCUGUUGUGAUUCCCACCAACUUUUGCAGCCCUGAUGGCCAGCCAACUCUUCUUCCACCUGACCAUGUCCAGGAGUUAAAUCUGAGGUCUACUGGCAUGCUUAAUGCCAUCCAAAGAUUUUUUGCUUAUCACAUGAUUGAGACAUAUGGUUGUGACUACUCUACAAGCGGGCUGACCUUUGAUACCCUUCACUCCAAGAUCAAGUCUUUCCUUGAGCUUCGGACUGCAGAUGGACCCAGACAUGAUACCUACAUUCUGUAUUACAGUGGUCACUCACAUGGCACUGGUGAAUGGGCACUGGCAGGGGGUGAUGCUUUACGACUUGACACGCUGUUGGAGUGGUGGAGAGAAAAGAACGGCACUUUUUGUUCUCGACUGAUCAUUGUUUUAGACUGUGAGAACUCUCAGCCUUGGGUUAAAGAAGUAAAAAAAGUAAAUGACCAGUAUGUUGCUGUGCAAGGAGCAGAAAUGGCCAGAGUUGUAGACAUCGAGGAAGCAGACCCUCCACAGCUUGGUGACUUCACCAGGCAGUGGGUUGAGUACAACUGUAACCCUGACAGCAGCAUCAGCUGGUCGGAGAAGGGCCGCACGGUGAAGGCCAUGUAUGGUGUCUCAAAGCACUGGAGCGACUACACUUUGCACUUGCCAACGGGAAGUGAUGUUGCCAAACACUGGAUGAUGUACUUCCCACGCAUCACCUACCCAUUAGUACAUCUGGCAAACUGGUUUUGUGGUCUCAAUCUCUUCUGGGUCUGUAAAGCGUGCUUUAGGUGCUUAAAAAGAUUGAAAAUGAGAUGGUUUCUUCCCACAGUGCUGGAUACAGGACAGGGCUUCAAACUCGUCAAAUCCUAAUCAGCAACCAAAGAGAAAGUGAAGUGAGAGCUUUGUGAACUUUCUCACUGCACCAUACUUAAAACUUUUUCUAUUACUAUUUUUCUCUGAAAAAGUCUGCUCUACUCACUUUAUUCAGCUUUUUGAGCAGCUACAGUAUAUGCAACAGUUAGAAAUUGCAGUUUUAAACAGAAGAGGAUAGAGCUAUGAUAUUUUGAAUUUUGUUAUAUGUACAUACGUAAGAUACUUAUUUAAUAUGACCAUACAUUUUGGAGCAGAUCCCAUGUUCAUAUGUCUUACUUAAGGCAGCCUUUGUUUAGAGACACCAGUUUGAUGGACAGGAGCUUCUGUGAAUGUUACACAAUGCUGAUCUGAUUUAUGUUCACUGUACAGGUAAAUACAGGAAAGGAACCAAGCUAAUACUCCAGUCAAUUUACAUGUGCUUGAAAUUAUGUGGUGGGAUCGCUGAGCCAAAAAAACCCCAGAAUAUAUAGCUACUAUAUGUAAGUAGCUACCAAAAAGCUUUAGUUCUAUUUGCUUUUACAUCUUGUGCCCUGCCUCAGUUCUCUGCUGCCAUCAGUGGAAAUUUGCCAUGGAAAACAAAGAAAUCAGACAACCCUCUAAUGCUCUGAUACUUCUCAGACAGUGUGUUUUGAAGUGAGUUUUAAAAAUAUUCAGUGUUACUUUCAACAUUAAAUAUCUUGCUGGUGAUCUUUGAGCAUACGUUCCCAGAAGUUAAUUUAUAUAUGGAAUAAAAACUUCAGUGAACAUUUUUUCCUCACGUGUUAGGUGAUUCUGAGUUUUCCAGGCUCUUACUAGUUUGUAUUUUGAAAACCUACUCUGAAAAAAACAAAGCAAAACAAAACCCAAGGAAUUUAACAAAGAAAAUAAUCCUCAGAUAAAAAAUGGGAAUGCAAGUGUACUUCCUUCCAUGUUUCUCUGAAGUCCUUGGUGUGCCUAGGAUCUUGAUUCUGUGAAGUUCUGAGUACAGAGUUGGACCAGAGAGUUCAUUAUCUAUUAAAACCAUAAGCAAAGUUUGUUUGAAUGGAUUAUUCCCUUAGGAGAAGAGGAAAUCCUCAGUAUUCCUUAAGUCUUUUCUCCCAUCCAGAAGGUCCUGAUUUUAAUCCUUCCAGAGCUGGAUGGGACUCUAGAAAUCCUUUCCUUCAGUCAUAAAAGGUGCAUAGCUUUUUUAUGUUUUUGUCAUUUUCUCAAGUACAGAAAAUUAGGGUUUAAACAUGUAAGUGGCUAAGACAGUGCAAUUUGUGGUGGUUUAUUUGCAUAUGCGUGUGCAAUUCAGUAGACGUACAGUUUACUUUUUUCUGUUUCCAUCAGUAUUUUAAUAAAAGUGUUAGAGAGUAGCUGAUAUUUGUUUAAAAUAUAACUUAUUAAUAUUUUUUAAAUUUAAAUACAGGCAAAUAGUAUGUAGCUCUUUAAGUCUUUGCCAUCACGGCUUUUUUCUAAUGCCAUUUGAGCUUUUUAGCCAGCCAAGUUAGAGAAUCUGCUAACACUGAUACCCAUCAGUAGCUCCCAAAAUAAAUCAUGAGAGCUACAACAGCCAAAGCAAUUAGUACCCACCAACUUCAGAAUGGUGAUUUUCUCAGACCUACAAGAGGCAGCCACUAAGUUUCUUCAUUGGGAUUUAUUACACAAUGUUGUUUAACAGGGCACUGCUUCCCACACUGCUUUCCCUGUCUCCAUCCCCUUCAAUAAUGUGGGAAGGGGGUAAAGAAAUAAGAGAUAAAUUAUAUCCUACGAAGA